AUGAUUAUAGUUGUUGCUGUGAUACCAAUUAUACUGGAGCAGACUGUUCCCUGGUGUUUCAAGAAUGAUCUUGCCUACAAGGGCGUCCAAACUCUCCGCGUUCUCUUUCUUAUCGAGAUCGGGUUCUACGUGUGGAAAUUGGGCUACGCCGCGCAACAAUUUGUCCACUUCCAGCCCAUUGUCCGUAUUUUUGCGGCUGCUGUGGUCUUGUCGACCUGCAAGUUAGUGUUGCCCCGGGUGGGUGUUUUCGAUGCCGUAGGUGAGAUGUGGUUUGAAGUGGCAAGCACGUACUGGGAUCCGCGAGGUGAGCUCGACUUUAUACUGGCGGACAAUGAAUUGAAAGCAUUUUUGUUGGGAAUAUCUAAACAAAGGUUCUGCUCCGAAAACUGUAACUUCCUUCGAGAUGUUGACCUCCUGGGCGAUAUCAGUGAUAAAGGCGAUGGUGUAUUGAAGUUACAAACCGAGCACGCACUCCUUCAUAAAUACAUCUACAAAGGAGUAUCGACGCCUGUGAAUCUGCCGGGUGAAUUGAUCAAAAGCAUCCCAAAAAUUGAUAUUAAUGCCGAUUCAAGCAGCGCCGAGUGGAUUUCGCCACACAAUAUCAUCUUGGAAGCUCGUGCUUACAUAAGGCGAUUACUUGGAGACUUAGGAUAUUGA